AUGAUCGUCCACCCCACGCCCGACACCACCUCUUCCAUUUCCAGUGGCAGCCCACCACACCCAGACCGCGCCAUGGACACCACCGUGGAACUAUCCGGCAGCGUCUCAACCAUCUCAGCCGAUGCGGAGUAUCAGGCAGCUCAGCGCAAGAGUAACAGCAUCCGGGAUCGCAUCAAACAACGAAGCUCUAGGAUCCUCUCUCUACUGGGGCUUCGAGGCCCCCCUGCUGUAUUGAAAACAGCUACCACUCGUGAAACCACUGUCCCACAGAAACCCUCGAGCGAUAGCAACCCAUCACAGUCGUUUCACUCUCUUCCAGCUGACAACCGAGCCCAUUCUAGCAGCACUGCCAUGGAAGAAGAGCAACGCCAUGGGGAACUGCUGACUUGCAUCACCCACGGCUGUAUAACUCCAUCGCCUGACACUUUCAUGGCAUCUGUUACUUCGAGCGAGGCGGUCUCCCCAGAACAAUCGGUCGAUACAGCACAGUUACGGAAGUCGGAGACGCCUGAGCUACACAGCGGCUCAGUAACCGCGGUCAAACGAAGCAAGUCAACGCCCGCUGUCCUGACUAGCAUGGUGACAACGAGACUUUCGACGACAUUCGGUAAUCCCACUGUCAUUCGUCGCUCGCAUCUUCGUUCGCCGCUCAACAUAAUGCCGGUGCAAUUUCCAGCUUCCUCACCAGGUCCAAGAAGACCGGCGGAGAGCCCCAAUGACAGCUCGAGUCCGUCGACAUCUCCCAUAAGCAGCGUGUCGCCGUUGGGUACACAGUCCACUCCUCCCACUUCUGAGGACCCAUCACGGGGUUCGAAACAGGCUCUUGGCGGUUUAGUCAAAGCUUUACCACAAACUUCACAUCCACCCCAUCCGGUGGAAGAAGCUUCGAGCUCGUCCGAAGUAUCAGGGACAUCACCGUCGAUUGUUACGGUUGAAGCUGCUGCCAAUGCCAAAGUGUUCUUCGAGACUUACUUUAACAACGUAUUCUGUGGGACAGACCCUCGUUCACAGCGUCGCCAGGAGCUGGAACAAUAUAUGUAUGGACUGCCACUGGGUCCCGAAGAACGAGCACGCAUCUGGGACAACUGGAUCACCCAGGAGCGCCAUUACCUCCGCCAAUGUCGCGUCCUCAAGAGUCGGUCUCAUGGCGGCGGUUGCCAUGAUACGACUGUGUCUCUCGCUGGGUUUGAGGUUAUCAAAGUGCUUGGACGGGGUAGCUUUGGGGUCGUGCGCCUCAGCAGCCGACGUAGAAUCAUGACUGGUGUGAAGAAGGAUGUCUUCGCGAUGAAGGUUAUUCGCAAGUCGGCGAUGAUCCGUAACAGCCAGGAAGGUCACUUGCGAGCCGAGAGAGACUUCCUGGUGGCGUCGGCCAAAUCUCGCUGGAUUGUACCUUUGAUAGCUAGCUUCCAGGAUCAGAACCACCUUUACCUCAUCAUGGACUACAUGGUGGGCGGGGAUUUCCUCGGCUUGCUGAUGCGUCGAAACAUGUUGCCCGAGACAGUUGCCCGAUGGUACAUUGCUGAGAUGAUUCUCUGCAUUGAAGAGGCCCAUCGACUGUGCUGGAUCCACCGCGAUGUCAAGCCGGACAACUUUCUGAUCUCGGCUUCUGGCCACUUGAAGAUAUCGGACUUUGGCCUGGCCUUUGAUGGGCAUUGGGCACACGAUCAGGUCUACUACAAUGACCACCGCCACACCCUCCUCAAGCGGCUCGGGAUCCGGGUAGACGGUGAUGCCCUUGACCAGACCGAGGCGAAAAGGAUGGCAGAGUCCACCAGUGGGCUGGAUCCGGGACCGGUUGACGACUCCGGGUGGAUGCCUCCCACUGCUGGUCUCCUGGGAUGGCGCGAUCGCACACAGAAACGGCGGUUAGCUGGAAGCAUCGUAGGGACCAACCAGUAUAUGGCCCCCGAGGUGGUUCGCGGAGAGCUGUACGACGGGAGAUGUGACUGGUGGAGUAUUGGCAUUAUCCUAUACGAGUGCCUGUAUGGCUUCACCCCCUUUGCUUCGGAUGAUCGCCAGAAGACGAAGUUAAAAAUUCAUCAUCAUCUCCAAACCCUACAUUUCCCAAAUCGACCAUCCGAUAAGCUCGUUUCUGCUGAAGCGAUCGACUUGAUAAACCAUCUUUUGCAGGAGAAGGAACACCGCUUGUCUUCCAACAAGUAUCGCGUGAAUGACUCCGUCACCUUUCGCCUGGCAGCCAAGCAUCCGCUGUACAGCAUGGACCCUCGCAACAAAAAUUACCGCGGGUUUUAUGUAUACCCCAAUGACGCAACAGACAUCAAGAGCCAUUCGUUCUUUUGCUGUAUCAACUGGAAUGAAAUCCACCAGUCAAUGCCCCCUUUCGUUCCCAAGGUCAAAUGCUGGGAAGAUACCCGGUACUUCGAUGACGCGGGAUAUGAGCAUGGUUACGACGAGGCCUCUGCAGCCUCAGACGCAGAGCAUGCCGAUCCUUCCAGCGAGGUAGGCGAGCGAGAUGAGUGCCACCAGAAUCGGGGAGACCCACCCCAAUAUCAGGAUAUUGACAGCCUGCUGAGUCCCCUCGCAAGCAAGCCUCCCCAGAAAAACCGCCGCAAGGGGAGGGACAAGAAGCGACCUCGGGACAAGCUGCUGCGAGACCGCAAACUACGCAUGACGGUCUUGGAGAUGCGCAAGAGGGGUGCAUUCUUGGGAUAUACCUAUCGCCGACCUCAUGCCGUUGCAAUGGCAUUGGCCUCAGACCGCGGGCGAGGACUACUGGCACGAGGCCAUCUGUCGGAGUUGUACGGUUAG